UUUUCUAAUAUAAAUAUACAAUGUUUAAACAAAAAUGACUGAGUUCGACCGAACUCGCACAAAAUAAGCUAGCUCCGCUUCUGGGUUUAUUUUGGGGUUUGUUUAUUACGAAUCUUUUAGUCUUGUUAAAAUAUAUACGUCAAUAAAAAAAUUAGAGAAAUUUUAGUACUAGAAAAAAUAAUAUAUUUUAUAAUAUUGGACUUGACAUGCUUGAAUAAUAGCAAUAAGUCGCUAGUUGACUGUAUAGACUAAUUACAAUUUUAUCACCAUCUUGCCCACUUAUAAGUGUGAGCAAAAUGGACGAUAAAGAUUCAUAUAAUGGUCCCUAACUUGCUUUAUAUUGAAGCGUAGAUGUUGUAUUGUUACUACUUCCUUCUUAUUUUAUCUCAUUCUUAAUUUCCGGACAUGAAUUCUUUAAUUGUAUUAACUAAUUUAUUGCUUUUGUUACUAAAACAGGACAAUUUGAAGCUAGCUGAUUUUGGAUAUGCAGAAUGGUUUAUGGGGAAUGAGUACAUUAUGCUUUCUGGGGUUGCACCUUUCUGUGGUGACAAUACAAAAGAAAUCUUUGAAGCAGUUCUAAGGGGAAAUUUGAGGUUUCCAACUCGGAUUUUCGGGUCGGUUUCAACUGAAGUCAAGGAUUUGCUGAGGAAGAUGAUAUGUAAAGAUGUUUCUAGAAGAUUUUCUGCGGAGCAAGUUCUAAGGCAUCCAUGGAUAAUUAAUGGCGGAGAAACCAGAUCAACGGCUAUAGUAAGAAUUGAACCAACAACCUCAUAAAGACUUUGAACUCCCUUGAUCAUUUGAGCUAUGCUUUUGGACUAUGACAAGAUGAUUCAAAAUAUAAUAUAUAGAGACAGAAAACGAAUUUUGUCUUAAAUGUACAAGCAAAGGGGGUUGUGAAUCCCCUUCUGCCCCCCUAAAUCCGCCCCUGGCUGUGCUGUACAUACACUUGGGACCUGUCUAAAACUUACCUUUUUAGUUCUUGAUUUUGUUUUGUGGAGGGAAAUCAAGAAUCUGAGACUGUACAUAUAUGCGGAUAAUGAGUUCUUCCUAUA